GACCUGAUAGAAGCCGGCGUACCCCCGGAUGUCCGCGACGGUUCCGGAUGGACUCCUUUACUGGAGGCAGCGCAGGAGGGUCAAUUUGCAGUGUGUCAAGCAUUACUGGAGGCGGGGGCCACUCCAGAUCUGCCCUGCGGAGAGGUGACGCCACUACAUGCAGCAGUCGAAGUAGGCAACGAAGAAAUGGUGCGGUGGCUACUCCGCCAGCCCGGGACAUGGCCAAGACGAUAUAACGGAGAAUUCUUUGCCUUUUUACUCGAAAAAGUACCCGAAGCAGUGACAGACUAUUUGGAUGUUUUUGCUACCGUUCUAAAUCAUUCGCACAAGGGGUACGAAGCGGUCAAGUAUACGGAUCUGAAGGUAAUCUAUGGUGAACCCAUCGUACCAGUGAGUGAUACGGCACUUGCAUUAGUGGCCGAGAGCUCUGCUGCACAUAUGAUACUGUCCCACCGACUGAUGAGGUUAAUAUUACAUGCAAAGUGGCAUAGUUUUGCGCGGACCAUGUUCCGACAAGAACUAACAGCGUACACGUUGCUAGUGGCGAGUUAUUUUAUCCCGACAGUAUGGGGUAGUCCAGAUUGGAUUCAUUUGAAGACAAAAACUCACAAAAUGGUGGCUGCUCUGCGCUUUAUUUCGUGGUUAUUGAGUAUUUUCCUGCUGCUUUGUGUUGAACGGAGUGAAUGUCGAGGUGAAGGAGUACGGAGAUAUUUUUCAUCGUUCUGGAACUGGAUCGGUGUAACCACCUAUGCGGCCAUUAUAUGCUCAAUUCCAUUGGAAUUUAUAUCGUUCUCGGAGUUAAC